AUGUCCUUGCGCAUCCGGACAAGCUCAGAUGUCACCACACAAAUCGACGGAGAUAAGCCUUACUAUGUCACCACGCCUAUAUUCUACGUCAAUGCCCCGCCUCAUGUCGGCCACAUGUAUACCAUGGUCCUGGCGGACGUCCUCAAACGUUGGCAAGAGCUGAAAGGUCGCAAGGCCGUCCUGCUCACUGGCACAGACGAGCAUGGAAUGAAGAUACAGCAAGCAGCCGCCAGGGCGGGCGUCGAACCAAAGCAGUUCUGCGAUGGAGGAGCUGAGACAUUCCGGGAGCUUGCCAAGGGAAUGAAUAUGAGCCAUGACUUCUUCAUCCGGACGACGGAUACGCAGCAUAAAGAGGCGGUGGAAUAUGCGUGGCACAUGUUGCAACAGCGUGGAUUCAUCUAUGAAAAGAAGCACGAGGGAUGGUAUAGCGUGUCUGACGAGACCUUCUACCCAGCGUCGCAGAUACAGCCGGCGAUCGAUCCGAUGUCGGGACGAAAGAUGACUGUCAGCAUGGAGACGGGCAAGGAGGUGGAAUGGACAAGCGAGCGAAACUAUCACUUCCGUCUCAGCGCAUUUCGCGAACGAUUGCUAGAAUUCUAUGCCAGUAACCCUGACUACAUACAGCCGAAAACCCGACUGGCCGACGUGGUUUCGCAGGUCGAAGCCGGGCUGGAAGAUCUAUCCAUUUCCCGGCCACGGGAACGUCUCUCGUGGGGAGUUCCUGUGCCAACGGACGCUUCGCAGACGAUCUACGUCUGGCUGGAUGCUCUGCUAAGCUACGCAUCAGCCGUAGGAUAUCCAUUCACGCCAGGAGCUGAAAAGCAAGGCGGCUGGCCCGCCGAUGUUCAGAUCAUAGGCAAAGAUAUUGUCCGCUUUCACUGCAUUUACUGGCCAGCGAUGCUAAUGGCGCUCGAUAUUCCCGUGCACAAGCGAAUCCUGGCACAUGCUCACUGGACCAUCGGCAAGGAGAAGAUGGCCAAGAGCACCGGCAAUGUGGUCUCGCCGUUCUUCGCGCUCGAGCGCUUCGGCGUGGAUGUCAUGCGAUGGUACCUGAUCCACGAUGGAGGCAUCGCCAACGACGCCGACUACGAAAAUGCUUUCAUCAUCGCCAAAUACAAGAAGCACCUCCAGAAUGGCCUCGGAAACCUGACAUCCCGCAUCAUGCAGAACAAGAGAUGGGACGUCGCGCGAGCAGUAAAGCGUUACGCCCAUCCGGGACAUCAGGGCGACGAGAAGCCCAGCAUAUAUCACGAGUCCGGCCAAGACGGCGCCCGCGACUACGGCCGCACACGCGUGCUCCCGCAUCAGGUGGAAGAGAAGAUGCGACAGCUUCUGCCCAACAGAGCUCUGCAGAUCAUCAUGCAGUCCGUCGCCAGCGGCAACGGCUACCUGCAACACCGCGCGCCCUGGAACAUGGUCAAGGAGAUGACCGCCGCCAACGGAGGUGAGGCUCCUGCCGGGGACGACGCCGCUGCAUGGAAGGACGUCGACGCCGUCGUAUAUCUGGUGGCGGAGAAUCUCCGCCUCGUGGCCAUCAUGCUGCAGGCCUUCAUUCCGGAUGCGGCCCGGCAACAAUUGGAUCUCCUGGGCGUGAGGGAGGACCGACGAGGGUGGGAGUGGUGCCGGAUGGGUGCUGAUGAUGACUUUGGCAGGGCGCUGUGGAAGGACGGCGAUGUGGACCCGGCGAAGUUGAAGCUCUUCCCGGGCCUGUCGAGCGAGUAUUGA